GUUGUUGGAAAUCCCUGCAUAUUGUUUAUUUAACAAAAAACUGGUUGUUUCUGUCAUCCAUUCGAGACUUGCAUGACUCACUUCAAAGAUUAAAUAUAUAUCUAUAUUAAUCACUUUUAAAUCAGAAAUAAGCUGUAGAACUGUCAAUUCUAUUUAGUUUUUUGCAAGUAAUUUGAUAAGAUUUAACCAUGGCUUUGUACCCUUCUCUCGAAGAUAUGAAAGUUGAUCACAUGAUGGUGGCUCAGCAAAAGCUAAUGCCAGAAGCUAGUGCUCCACCACCACAGCAACUUUAUCCACCACCUUAUCCAUCACAGGCUUCCGGAGAUAUGCCUUAUGGAAAUGCUCCUUCAAGCGUCAUGUAUCCUGGAUUAUCUGAGUUUAUGGGCCUUGAAUUAUCAGAAGCAAUUGUUGCUGCAAAUAUGCCAGAAUAUGCUGUAGUGCCCGCAGCUGCAAAUAAUGUUGCAGUACCUCAGAAUUCAAAUAAUUUCAAUAGAACCUCUGGUAUGAUUGCUCCUUUAUCUGGAAGUUCACUUGGCUUACAACGAGCUCAAGUUACACAUGGUAUACGGCAGGUUGUUCUUUGCAAAGAUAAAGACAACAAGAUUGGAUUACGUGUGAACUGCAUUGAUAAAGGAGUAUUUAUUGCAUUGGUUACUCCAAACUCACCAGCAGCACUUGCAGGAUUACGUUUUGGUGAUCAAAUACUGGAAAUUCAAGGGCAAUCAGUUGCUGGUUAUAACAUGGACAAAGUACAUGGUAUUUUUAAGAAGUGUCCAGUAAAUGGAAUAAAUGUUGCUGUUAGAGAUAGACCAUUUGAAAGGACUAUUACCUUGCACAAGGAUUCCGCAAAUACUAUUGGUUUUCAGUUCAAAAAUGGUAAAAUAACGAGCAUUGUUAAGGACUCGUCUGCUGCUAGAAAUGGUGUUCUGAUAAAUCACCAACUUUUGGAAGUUGAUGGCCAAAAUGUUAUUGGUUUGAAAGAUAAAGAAAUAACAAAAAUCAUUGAUAAAGCUGCACAAAAUGUGACCAUCACUAUCAUACCAACAUAUUUGUAUGAACAUAUGGUUAAGAAAAUGGCACCUAGCUUAUUGAAAACAUCUAUGGAUCAUUCUGUUCCUGCCAUAUAAAGAUAAAAAGUGCAUUCAGAGUUAUAUUUUACCUACAAAUAUUAUAUUCUAGAAUUAAUCAUUCAAAUUUUAUAAAGGAAUAAAUGCAUGCAUUUUAUUUUA